CGGGCGCGGGGAGCGGCAGGCACGGCAGGGGCAGGAGAGGCAGCGGGCCGGGAAGAGCUCCUUUUGUGUGGUGCUCUUUUAGCCAUUUACCUGCUUUGAGUAUCUACAGUGACCCGCAGUGAAGGGAAAAUAUUAGAUCAUGUCGGAGUUCUGGCUAAUUUCUGCUCCAGGAGACAAAACAAAUCUGCAGGCGUGGGAGAGAAUGAACACUGUGACAUCUAAAUCCAACCUGUCCAGCAACAGUAAAUUCCAUAUUCCAGACUUAAAGGUGGGGACACUGGAUGCUCUUGUUGGUCUGUCAGAUGAGUUGGGAAAACUUGAUAGCUUUGCUGAAAGCGUAAUAAAGAAAAUAGCACAGUACAUAGGAGAAGUAAUGGAGGACUCAAAAGAUAAAGUCCAGGAAAAUCUUCUGGCCAAUGGAGGGCUAAAGGAUAAAAUGAAAUGUCUCCAAAUUGACCUAAUUAGCUACUUGACACGGUUUGAGUGGGACAUGGCCAAAUACCCCAUAAAGCAGCCACUGAAGAAUAUAUCAGAAGCAUUAGCAAAGCAAGUGACUCAAAUAGAAACAGACCUGAAAACCCGAUCAGCUGCGUACAACAACAUUAAAGGAAAUUUGCAAAGCCUGGAGAAGAAAACUAUGGGAAAUCUGCUGACCCGGACCCUGGCAGACAUUGUGCACAAAGAAGACUUUGUUCUGAAUUCCGAGUAUCUUAUCACGCUGCUCGUCGUGGUGCCAAAGUCAAGCUACGUACAGUGGCAGAAGACCUAUGAAUCACUCUCAGAUAUGGUAGUACCUCGCUCCACCAAAAUGAUUGCUGAGGAUGCAGAGGGAGGACUCUUCACUGUGACCCUGUUUAGAAAAGUGAUGGAUGACUUUAAAGCCAAAGCCAGGGAGAACAGGUUCAUGGUUCGAGAAUUUUAUUAUGAUGAGAAGGAACUGAAAUGUGAAAAGGAAGAGCUGAUGAAAUUAGCUUCUGACAAGAAACAACAAUAUGGCCCCUUACUGCGCUGGCUGAAGGUGAACUUCAGUGAAGCAUUUGUGGCUUGGAUUCACGUGAAAGCCUUGAGAGUUUUUGUUGAAUCUGUCCUGAGGUAUGGCCUCCCUGUGAAUUUCCAAGCAAUGCUGCUGCAGCCAAACAGGAAGUCUGUGAAGCGCCUGAGAGACGUCCUGAACGUGGUCUUCAAACACCUGGAUGAAGUUGCAGCAGCAAGUAUAAUGGAUCCUGGCAUGGACAUCCCUGGCUUACAACUGAGUAAUCAAGAAUACUAUCCUUAUGUCUAUUUCAAGAUUGACCUCAGUCUUCUUGACUGCAGUUAAAGAAGAAUUGCUCAAGCUUCAUCUAUUAAUUUUCAAGACUGUCAUGUUACUGUAAAACAAUCUUUAGCUGCUGAAAGUCAAAU